UGUGCUUUUAGUGUUCAAUCAAAGAAUAUGGAUACGUAACAUAUUCUUUGGUUCAAUUGUGAAUGUUUUCUUCCGACAAUUCAUCGACUUCUACCUUAGUUGCCACUGAAUGUAUUUGUUGUUGGACUUGUAAACAUUAGUAGUUAUUGCCUCGCUUCACAGUUCACAAUUGGGUCAAAGGUCACGUAACUUUUGGAAACAUGGCACUGACAUUGCUCCGGCGGUUGGGAGCUUGCGAUAUAACUCUUCCAGUCACAUCAUCAUCCACACGUUUACGGGCAUUCAGCAAUGGCACUCAUGCACUCCGCAAGAACACACCACCCCCGCAGGCUGUGUUCUUCCCCCCAUCCGAGGGGGCGAUGCUGCUCCCUGGGACGUAUAAAGGAAAAGUGGCGUUCAUCACCGGGGGAGGCACGGGUUUGGGUCGGGGCAUGACCACCACUCUAUCCACCUUGGGCGCCCAAUGCGUCAUUGCGAGCAGAAAGCUCGAUGUUUUGCAAAAGACUGCAGCCGAAAUUUCAGAGCAGACUGGGAACAAGGUCCUUGCGGUCCAGUGCGAUGUGAGGGACCCGAAGUCUGUAGAGGCUUGUGUGUCACAGCUCGUCAAUGAAGUGGGCCUGCCUGAUGUGGUCAUCAAUAACGCAGCAGGUAACUUCAUCUCCCCGUCCGAGAAGCUCUCUGCCAACGCCUGGAGGACCAUCACGGACAUCGUGUUGAACGGCACCGCCUACGUCACUCUGGACAUCGGCAAGCGCCUCAUCAAAGCUGAGAAAGGCUGUGCCUUCCUGGCCAUCACCACCAUCUAUGCGGAGAGCGGCUCCGGCUUCGUGCUGCCCAGCGCCUCAGCCAAGGCCGGAGUUGAGGCCAUGUGCAAGUCGUUGGCUGCCGAGUGGGGUCGCUAUGGCAUGAGGUUCAACGUGAUCCAGCCUGGACCAAUCAGAACCAAGGGUGCGUUCAGUCGUCUGGACCCCACGGGCAUGUUCGAGAAGUCCAUGAUGGGCCGGAUCCCGACGGGACGUCUGGGGACGCCAGAGGAGAUUGCCAACCUGGCCGCCUACCUCUGCAGCGACUACGCCAGCUGGGUGUCAGGAGCGGUCAUUCGAAUGGACGGUGGCGAGUACGUUUCCAUGGCUGGGGAGUUCAACGACCUGAGAAAGGUCACCAAGGAGCAGUGGGAUAUGAUGGAGACUCUUAUCCGCGGCACUAAGGGAUCCUAAGGGCUGUGGCUGGCUCUGGUCUUGAAUAGGCUUCGGCCUCUUCGUCUCAUCUUUUGUUUAUGAUUUGUUUGUAUUCUCUUUUUUUUGUCAGUGCCUUUGCGUGUCAAGUUAUCCCUGUAAGUGGGCGGGUCUUUUUUUUUAAAGCUCUACAUGCGCGCGCACACACACACACGCACACGCAGAACUGAAAUGUAAAAAAGUAAAAUAAAACUGAAAUGGUUAU